UGACGUCCACUAGUACACUUCCGGGUCGUGCGUCCUCAUGUUAGCAGCAUGGCGGCCAAAAACAAUCACCGAAAAAAGUCAAAGGCUGGCAAAAAGGGCAUAUAUCAGCCGGAAGAGAACAUUAUGGAGGAGGAAAACUGCGACGACGAAGGGCACAUGGUAGACGAUGGACACCAGGCGGAGGCGGACGAGUUCAAUCUCGAGGAAGUUCUGUGGCUCGGUGGUACUCAGGCCGACUUCAGGCUUCUGUGUAGCUUGGACGCGUCCCACGAUCUGGUGGAUGGAGGGAAGAAAGGCACCAUAGAUGACCUGGAGGAAGGCGAACUGGAGAGUUUCAUCACUAAAUUGGGCAUUCGGGAGCUUGCCAACUUGCAGGUCAUCCCAGACGAGACAAAGGAAGAAGCAGUUCCAAACAAGGAGCUCCCAAAGUCUAAAUUGGAGAAAACUGCUGUGGCAAAAGCUCCCAAGCCACAGCAGAAAAAGGAGAAGACGCCAAAAGGAACAGCGGCGAUGACGGUCGCAAUGUCUAAGAAACGAGGUAAACAGAACGUGUUUGAGUUUCAUCAGCGGAAUGCCCUGCUAAUCAAACCCGGAGGCAAAUGGUAUGACCUGGAAUACAGCGCAGAGGGCUCCCCACUCUCGCAGGAUCCCGGCGUGGUGUCGUCCUACAAGACGCUGGCUCAGCGUCUCUAUGAGGCUGAUGUAGAGUUGUAUAAGACCAAGAAAGCACUCCAGAAAGGAGCCAACUCGGCUUGGAUGAAGACGGUGGUCUCGGCUGGCGCUCUGGCCGACAGGAUGGCGGCGAUGACGGUUCUUAUCCAGGACGCUCCGGUGCAUAUGCUGCAACAUGUGGAGGAUCUGGUCUCCAUGGUGAAGAAGAAAGGCGGUCGCCGGAUGAGCCUGAUGGCACUGGACACGCUGCGGGAGCUGCUUCUGUCUGACUUGCUGCCGGAGAACAGGAAACUGCGGACCUUCGACCAGCACCCGUUCGACAAGCUGGAGGAGCUGACGAGUGGCAACCGUGACGCCCGCGACCGCCGCCUGAUCAUCUGGUACUUCGAGCACCACCUGAAGCAUCACGUGGCUCAGUUUGUGGCCGCGCUGGACGUGGUGGGUCACGACACGGUGUCGGCCACCAAGACCAAGGCGCUGCUUACCGCGCACGAGCUCCUGUCCCAGCGGCCUGAGCAGGAGCGGGCGCUGCUCAUCCACCUGGUCAACAAGUUGGGCGACCCAGAAUACAAGAUGGCGGCCAAGGCCUCGCACCUGCUGGAGACGCUGUUACACACGCACCCCAACAUGAAAGUGGUGGUGUGCUGUGAGGUGGAGCGCCUCAUGUUCCGCGCCAACAUCAGCGCCAAGGCUCAAUACUACGCCAUCUGCUUCCUCAGCCAAGUGUACCUCAGCCACGAAGAGAACGCAUUGGCCGCCAAACUCAUCGGCAUCUACUUCUCAUUCUUCCGCGCCUGUGUCAGCAAGACGGAAGUGGAUUCCAAGAUGCUCAGCGUGCUGCUGUCGGGCGUCAACCGGGCGUACCCGUUUGCCAGCAAAACAGACGAGAAGGUGAAAGAGCAGACGGACACGCUGUUCAAAGUGGUGCACACGGUCAAGUUCAAUACGGCCGUGCAGGCACUCAUGCUUCUCUUUCAAGUCAUGGACGACCAGCAGACCACCUCCGACCGCUACUACGUCGCCUUGUACAGGAAGCUUCUGGACGCCAGUCUGUCAACGUCCACGCGUCAGAACAUGUUCCUCAAUCUGCUUUUCAAAUCCCUGAAGGCCGACACGGUGAUUCGGCGCAUCAGAGCCUUCAUCAAGCGUCUGCUCCAGGUCAGCGCCGCACAAGGACCCAACUUUGCCUGCGCCGCCCUCGUCGUCAUCUCAGGGGUCAUGCAGGCCAAGCCGGAACUCAAGACCUUGCUGCAGGAGGAAGAAGACGGAGACGAGGCCUUCAUGGACCGCCCUGAAGAAAAGCUUGACGACGACGACGACGACGAUGACGAAGUGGAACGCUUCGCUGACAUCGACAAGAUGGAGGCCGUGACAACGAGCGAGCUGGAGUCCAAACCCGUGGCAUCGUGGAUACAUCAUCAGAACCUGCGAGGCGCGCGCAAACAGCAGCAGUACGACCCGCUGCAUCGCAAUCCGUUAUUCUGCUGCGCCGAACGCGCCACGUUGUGGGAACUUCGGCGGCUGGCGCUGCACUUCCACCCGUCCGUGUCGCUCUUCGCCAAAACUCUCCUGCAGGGGGACUUGAUCCAGUACUCUGGCGACCCCUUGCAGGACUUCACCCUCAUGCGCUUCCUCGACAGAUUUGUCUUCAGAAACCCCAAACAGAUCAAGCGCAAACAGAACACGGACACUUCGGUGUUGCAGCCCAAACAGAGAUCGCUUGGCAACUUGUUAGCAGUGAACAGCGAAGAGUUUCUGCGUAAAGAAGAAAGUCAGAUUCCCGUGGACCAAAUCUUCUUUUAUCGCUUUUUCAAGAAGCGGCAGCAGGAGAACGCACACCGCCGGCCCAAAAUUGACAACGACAACGAGAGCCUGGAGGACGUCGACGAUGACGAGUUUGAGAAGAUGCUCGACAUGUGCGAAGGGGACUCGUACUUCACCGAGUUCCCAGACAAAGAUUUGGACUUUGCUAGCAACAUGUUGGGCGACCAGAAAAAAAAAGCCGCAAGAAAGGACGCGGAUGAGUCGGACGAGUCGGAUGAGUCAGGCGACCUGGACGACGAGGAAGUGUCCCUGGGCAGCAUGGACGAGGAAGACUUUGGAGAAGAAGUGGGCGGAGAAGGAGGAACCUUCAUGGAAGAUGAAGAUGAGGACGUUCCAGAUUUUGAAGACGACAUCGACGAUAAUGACAAAGAUGUCCCCUUUGAUGAAGAUGAGGUCCCAGAUGUGACGCCGCCUUCCAAGAAAGUCAAAAGGAAGUCGAGCCAAAUAGAGCUGGACUUCUCGCAGAGUUUUGCCUCCAAAGCAGGAAAGAAGAAAAAGAAAGGUGAAAAAGGAGCAGCCAUGUUUGCAAUGGCCCAGGAGUUUGGCUGCCUGCUGGACGACAACGCCGGCGCCAAGAUUGACAACGUCGGACUAAACGCCAUGGCCAACAUUGACAAAGCAGGCGUGAAGCAGCUAAAGUGGGAGAGCCAACGCGACGACUGGAUCCACGACCGGGACGCCAAGACGCUGCGCAGGAAGAAGGCCGCCUUCAACAAGAGGAAGCGCUUCGGACGCGGCGUCAAGACGACGACGGUCAUGAUGGGCAACAAGAGGAAGAGGAAGUAGUCGUCAGCGGCCACCGGCGUCGGUCGCCCAAUCCAGUUGAUCUCUCUGCCGCACACCGUACUCGCCCGCCAGCUCGUUGGACUUGUAGUAAACUAUUGACAAGAGAAAACGUAAUUGGUUGGAUCUCAAUAGGAAGUGUGCAAGCUAAUAUGACAUUUUCUGCCUACGAACGACUGCUGCCGAUCGUGACCGAAAGGCGUCAUGUAUGUUUUUACCUUCCAGAAUGGAUGGAAAUCUUCGCUUCAUUGUGCUCCUGAAAUCUAAAAAAAUUAAAUUAAAAAAUCCAUCAACUUGUAUAACAGAACGAGGAUGAAAGACUGAUACUGAAAUUUGGAUUAAAACUCAAGUCAUUGAUGUUCUAUAUUCAUGGAGGAAUAACAUACUGUGUGAUUUUCUACA